CCUAGAGACAUAGCCACAGCUGCGUAAGAUAAAGGACAUUGCACAAACAGCUUUACUAAUAAGAGAAGUUACUCAAUCUAUUACAGAGAUGAGAGGAGUUUCUUAUAAAAACUUUUGAAUUCAAGAAGAAGCUUCUCCACUCCUCCUGGAAUCUCCACCUGAUUCAGCCCGCCUGCCUCCACCAUGUCCAUCAGGGUGACCCAGAAGUCCUACAAGGUGUCCACCUCUGGCCUCCAGGCCUUCAGCAGCCGCUCCUACACAAGUGGGCCUGGUGCCCCAAUCAGGUCCUCAAGCUUCUCCCUAGUGGGAAGCGGCAGCUUCUGGGGUGGCCUGGGCGGAGGCUAUGGUGGGGCCAGCAGCAUGGGAGUCAUCACCACCAUCAUGGUCAACCAGAGCCUGCUGAGCCCCCUUAACCUGAAGGUGGACCCCAACAUCCAAGCUGUGUGUACCCAGGAGAAGGAGCAGAUCAAGACCCUCAACAACAAGUUUGCUUCCUUCAUUGACAAGGUACUGUUCCUGGAGAAACAGAACAAGAUGCUGGGGACCAAGUGGAACCUCCUGCAGCAGCAGCAGAUGGCUCGGAGCAACAUGGACAACAUGUUUGAGAGCUACAUCAAAAACCUUAGGCAGCAGCUGGAGACUCUGGGCCAGGAGAAGCUGAAGCUGGAGGCGGAGCUCGGCAAUAUGCAGGGGCUGGUGGAGGACUUCAAGAACAAGUAUGAGGAUGAGAUCAAUAAGCGUACAGAGAUGGAGAAUGAAUUUGUCCUCAUCAAGAAGGAUGUGGAUGAAGCUUACAUGAACAAGGUAGAUUACAUGAACAAGGUAGAGCUGGGGUCUCGCCUGAAAGGGCUGACUGACAAGAUCCACUUCCUCAGGCAGCUGUAUGAACAGGAGACCCAGAAGCUGCAGUCCCAGAUCUCAGACACGUCUGUGGUGCUGUCCAUGGACAACAGCCACUCCUUGGACAUGGACAGUAUCAUUGCUGAGGUCAAGGCGCAGUACGAGGAGAUCGCCAACCGCAGCUGGGCUAAGGCUGAGAGCAUGUACCAGAUCAAGUAUGAGGAGCUACAGAUGGUGGCUGGGAAGCAUGGGGAUGACCCGUGGGGUACAAAGACUGACAUAUCCAAGAUGAACAUUAACAUCAGCUGGCUCCAGGCUGAGAUCGAGGGCCUCAAAGGCCAGAGAGCUUUCCUGGAGGCCACCAUCGCAGAUGCCAAGCAGCGUGGGUUGCUGGCUGUUAAGGGUGCCAACACCGAGCUGUUCGAUCACUGCCCUAAGUCCUGGGAACACAGCUUCCAUUAAACCGGCAAACCUUCUGCCCUUGGGAAAUACAUUAUUCUGUAAGAGAGAUAAGCAUUUUUUAUUUUUUAAACCAAAUUUAUUGAGGUUCAAUUUACAAACAAUAAAAUGUACAUAUUGUAAGUGCAAACUUCAAUGAAAUUUUACGAAUGUAUUCACCCACACGGGCACUACCUUAAUAAAAAAACAGACUAUUUACAUCACUUCAAAUCCAGUUCUAUCCAAGUUAGUCUCUUCUUGAGCUCUGAGCAGCCACUAAUCUGUUUUCUGUCACUAUAGAUGUCUUUUAAGAGUUUGGGGUCUCACUUGGGGAAUCAUACUCUUUUGCAUUUGAUUUCUUUCCUUUUUUCUUUCUUUCUUUUUUUUUUUUUUUUUUUUUUUUUUGAGACAGAGUCUUGCUCUGUUGCCCAGGUUAGAGUUGCAAUGGCAUGAUCUUGACUCAUUGUAACCUACGUUUUCCAAGUUCAAGUGAUUCUCCUGCC